AAAGCCUUCCUUUGAACACCGCCUCAACACCGCUUUCCCUCCAUCUGGUCUGUUAUGCCUGAUUUUUGACACUACAAUAUCGGUGGUUCCUUGGUCUGGACUGUGGCUACCAUGCCGGCUGUGUUCAUUGACUUGACAGCAGACUCGGAGUUGGACGGGUCAAAUAAGGUGAGUUUUGCUGGGGUCUUUCUGCCUUUCAAAUCUGUGUUUUCUUGGGGGUUACCGCCUCUCAAGGAUCCCCCGCUGUUUUGCGUAUUCCCGUUGCUAUGCUGUUAUGUUGCUAUAUCACUAUACGGCCUUUUUUUACAGCAACAGAUUACUCCUGGAGUUCCUUAUGCCUAUUUAUUUUCUAUCUCUUUCAAUAUAUCCUGCAUAUCUUGUGUUAAAGUUUGUGCUUUUGUAUCUUAGAAUUUCCAAAAUAGCCCCUAAACAAAGAAACAGCGUGUUAAGGCAGAAUGCCCUGGGAAUG